AUGGCUUCGCUAAGAUCGUCGACACGCACAACGCCGCGGAAGACGUAUACCGUUGAUGCUUUUGAAGGCAUCCGGGAUUUGAUACAGCACAGCUCGGAAUCUGAUGAUGGAGCGCAGCAGGGUGAACAGGAAGAAGGGGACGAAAUGCAGGAAGAGGAGGAUGAGAGUGAAGAAGACGAAUUCAAGUCCGUUGCAGCUGAAAGUGGACCCGACGAUGAAUCAAUGUCUGGACUGGACGAGCUCGGACCUGUCGAAGAAGCUGACGAUCGAGCAAGCGACGCUGGAGAAGCCGAUCUGGACGACAGCAUGUCAAUCGUCGAAGACAUUGGGCCCUCGAACCGGACUACCACCAUGAAGCGAAACCGAGUGAAGAAAGUCCUACCACCCGAGGGCGAACGCACGUAUGUUCGAGGAAUACCGACUGAUCUCCACAGUCACGUCAACAAGGCUGAGAGGUACAAGUGGUUGUUUGGACCUACCAAGGACGACCAGCAACCGGUGAUCAAGGCUCGAAACAAGUGGACGAACAAACGAGGUUUGCCCAGUCGGACGCCGUAUUACGAUGACCGCGGCGGCUUUGCUUACAGAAAGACAUAUCGCACCGAGACCGAGAAUGCAGAGAGCAAUUGGAAGUGGUACCGCGAAGGUGGCGGUCGCGAAGCCUUCGAGCGACGUCAAGUGAUGAAGGCUCUCACUUUCAAUGAGGUGUUGCCUUACCUCCCGACUGAUUUCAAACUGCGAACGUUCGUGAUGGGACCAGUCAGCCGCCGAAAGUUUUACAGCAUGAAGGUUCGACAAUGGGUGUCAUUGUCAGCAGCUUUUGCAAAAGAGCGGCAGACGCAGAGCAAUGGAGAGGCCAGCAAGUCAUCAUCGAGUAGCAAGAAAGGCUUCAUUCUCAACCUUGGCGCCAAAGUACAGAGCCUUGACUGGGCUCCAAAUCAAGGAGGACCGAAGCAGUAUCUCGCAGCUACUGUGUUACCCUUCAAUAGAGCAGACAAUCCUUCUGAUGCUCGCAGUGCGCCAUCAUUCACGCCUCAGCGGCCACAUCGAUCAAGCAUACAAAUCUGGGAAAUUAGUGCAACCUCAGACGACUUGGUCGACGAUACUGUACCACCUCGACUCAGUAUUGUUCUUUGCACGGCCAUUGGGGAACUCAAGGCUAUCAAGUGGUGCCCGGUCCCUCAUAAAGAUUCAGAACGGCUUGGCUUGCUGGCUUGCGUGUCUUCAGACGGCGCUAUCCGAGUAUUGGACGUACCACCACCGGGCAAAGACGCACGAACGUCCAACCUUCUCGUCGAAGACUUCGCGUUUGAAUGCAGGCCUCCAGACACAGUCUGCACUGCGCUCACAUGGAUCAGCUCUUCAAGGUUAGCAGCUGCCUGUGCCAACGGAUUUGUGGCCAUCUGGGAUCUUAACGAAGCACUACAAUCAGGGAAAACGAACUCCAGACCCACUACCUACACCGGUAUCAGUACAUCCUACAUCAUGAGCAUCACGUCCUGCUACCCGUCAUUCCCACACAUGAUCGCCACGACAUCGAUGAACGGCUUCGUGACGUUGAUGGAUUCGAGGCAACCUCAUCCAAAUUCCCGCGCAGCCACCACUCAAACCAAUCGGACUCGUAUCGGUCAGUCCUUGAUCAUGUGGCACGACUUCGCUCAUGCUGGCGUGAGUGUCGAAGACAAUCAAACAGUCCGUUGCUAUCCUCUUCGAAAGUGGUUCACCGGCCUUGCUACUGCAAAGCUGAAAGGUCACGUCACGUCGAUGGCAGUAAGCUUAUGCCACCCAUACGUCUUGACAGGGUCCGCUGCCGGAGAAGUUGCAGGCCAUAAUCCUGUUCGGAGACUCGUCGAUGGCGCCAAAUCACUCCUCUAUCAACAGCGGUGGUUCACGCAUGAAUGGAGGCGACCGACUGAAGACGAACGGGAAGCUGCCGAGAUGGCUGAGAUCGAACCCGCGAGCGGCAACUCCAACGAAGUGGAUGUGCAAAGCAUCAUUGGCAAGGACGGACUCAGUCGAAUCACCGAUGGCUUCAAGCCGCAGGUCGCGGUCCUGAACAACUAUGGAGCGGCGAACGUCAAGGAUGGUGCUCUGUUUUCUACGAUUUAUGAGGAGAAGAGUGCAGUCACGGCUUUGGCGUGGAACCCAAAUCUUCAUGUCGGGGGAUGGGCUGCUGCUGGUAUGGCGGAUGGGUUGUUGAAGGUGGAGGAUGUUGCGUUUUGA